UCUUGUUUGAAGGGGGAAGGAAGGAAGCUUAUCAACAAUUGCCGACAAGAACUUUAGCAUGCAGAGCUCUGUGCAAACGAAAGAGAGACAUUAUAUUCGGGGACGAGUAAGUUAACAUUGUAAUGACCUCAAACAUAUCCUGGUCUGGAACAAUGAUGUCCCAAUGAUAACUGUGUGAGACCCCCUGAGAAGAAGGCAUCUGCUGGAACAUGUCUAUGCCACAGCCCUCUCUCUGCUGACACUUAAUGGACACUAAUCCCUUAACUGCCAGAGCAUAUCUACCUCAGCGGACGCGCACUUCAUCAGUCCCAGAGACAGUGGAAACAUAUCAAAAAACAUCAGAAUACAUAAUUUUUAUCUCUUCCAUAGGCUGUUUUCAGGCAUAUAGUGGCAUUGGGCAAAACUACCUCACUGAUACUUCCUUUUUUGACAAUACCUUGUUUUUGCAAUGCACUUCAUUUCCGCUCUCCUCUCAGCCACACGAGAUCCUUACUACUUGGCUGUAUGACUAAUUAUUGCGGGUCAUCCACUUGAUGUAACCUCUGACCAAGAAGAGCCACCCUGAAGCCCUCUCUUUGGGGACCAUCAUCCCCACCUGGCCAAGCCAUUUCCAGGCAAAGAGCAGACAUGUUGCCGAGGGUCUUGUGAUGUCUGAUUCCCGGACAGGAGAAGGCGGAGCCGCUGCUGAGGCAGUAGAAGAACAGAGGCGGGCCCAGAAGACCGCUCCUGACCUGGUGAUUGACACUGAGGAUGACGAGCGGCAAUGGGAACCAAUGGAAGAGGAGGAAAGCCUCGGGAAGCAUGAUGGGUCGAUCCACGACUUUGAGGCCAUUGAGGAAGACAGCGACGAUGAGUCGACCGCAGAGCGGCAGAUCUUGGUGGGCAUUUGCGCCAUGACCAAGAAGUCCAAUUCCAAGGCCAUGACGCAGAUCCUGGAGCGUCUUUGUAUGUUCGACUACAUCAACGUGGUGAUCUUCCCAGAGGAGACCAUCCUUGAGGAGCCUGUGGAGAGCUGGCCGCUCUGUGACUGCCUCAUCUCCUUCCACUCCAAAGGUUUUCCGCUGGACAAGGCUGUGGAGUACGCAAAGCUCCGCAACCCCUUGCUCAUCAACGACCUGAACAUGCAGUACUUUAUACAGGACAGGAGGGAGGUGUAUCGUAUUCUCCAGGAGGAGGGCAUUGACCUACCACGUUAUGCUGUGUUGAACAGAGACCCAAGCAAACCAGAUGAAUGCAAUCUUGUGGAGUGUGAGGAUCAUGUGGAGGUGAACGGAGAGGUCUUCCCCAAGCCCUUUGUGGAGAAACCUGUUUGUGCCGAGGACCACAACGUAUACAUCUACUACCCUACCUCUGCUGGAGGCGGCAGCCAGCGGCUCUUCAGGAAGAUAGGGAGCCGUAGCAGUGUGUACUCUCCAGAGAGCAAUGUCAGGAAGACUGGGGCCUACAUCUACGAGGAGUUCAUGCCCACAGAUGGCACUGAUGUCAAGGUCUACACUGUGGGUCCAGACUACGCCCAUGCGGAGGCCCGGAAGUCGCCGGCGCUGGAUGGGAAGGUGGAGCGGGACAGCGAGGGCAAGGAGAUCCGCUACCCCGUCAUGCUCAGCGCCAUGGAGAAACUAGUGGCCCGCAAGGUCUGCCUGGCCUUCAAGCAAACGGUAUGUGGCUUUGACCUGCUGCGAGCAAAUGGCCACUCCUAUGUUUGCGACGUCAAUGGCUUCAGCUUUGUGAAGAACUCCAUGAAGUACUAUGACGAUUGUGCUAAAGUUCUGGGGAACCUGGUGAUGAGGGAGCUGGCUCCCCUGUUUCACAUCCCCUGGUCCAUUCCCUUGGAGGCUGAGGACAUACCCAUCGUCCCCACCACCUCAGGGACAAUGAUGGAGCUGCGAUGCGUCAUUGCUAUCAUUCGCCAUGGAGACCGCACACCUAAGCAGAAGAUGAAGAUGGAAGUCCGACACCCACUGUUUUUUGAGCUUUUUGAGAAGUGUGGAGGCUACAAAUCAGGAAAGCUAAAACUGAAGAAGCCAAAACAGCUACAGGAAGUGCUGGACAUAGCUCGUCUGCUAUUGGUGGAGCUGGAGCAGCACGACGACUGUGAAAUCGAAGAGAAGAAAUCCAAACUGGAGCAACUCAAGACAGUCCUGGAGAUGUAUGGCCACUUCUCCGGUAUCAACAGGAAGGUGCAGAUGACGUACCUUCCUCAUGGCCAACCAAAGGCCUCCAGUGAGGAAGAAGACUCUGAGAGGGAGGGCCCCUCUCUGCUGCUGGUGCUGAAGUGGGGCGGGGAGCUGACCCCUGCAGGCCGGGUCCAGGCCGAGGAGCUGGGCCGGGCCUUCCGCUGCAUGUACCCUGGAGGACAAGCCGGUGACCGCCAGUCCCUUGGCUGCGAGUCCCCUAUUGACUGUGGGGACUAUGCGGGCUUCCCCGGCUGUGGGCUCCUGCGCCUCCACAGCACCUACCGCCACGACCUGAAGAUCUACGCCUCUGACGAAGGCAGGGUGCAGAUGACCGCCGCAGCUUUUGCUAAGGGCCUGCUUGCUCUGGAGGGAGAGCUGACUCCCAUCCUGGUGCAGAUGGUGAAGAGCGCCAACAUGAACGGGCUGCUGGACAGCGACAGCGACUCGCUGACUGACUGCCAGCAGAAGGUGAAGGCCAGGCUGCACGAGAUCAUGCAGAAGAACCAGGAGUUCACUGAGCAUGACUACCACAAGCUGGCCCCCACCCAAAGCCCAUCACUGGUCAACUCCAUGAAGCUGAUAGAGAACCCGGUGCAUACGUGUGACAAGGUGUACACCCUCAUCCAGAGCCUGACCUCGCAGAUCCGCAAGAGACUAGAGAACCCCAAGUCAGCAGACCUGCAGCUGUACCACAGUGAGACUCUGGAGCUGAUGCUGCAGCGCUGGUCCAAGCUGGAGCGGGACUUCCGCAUGAAGAGCGGCCGCUACGACAUCAGCAAGAUCCCCGACAUCUACGACUGUGUGAAGUACGACAAGCAGCACAACGCCUCGCUGGGCCUGGAGGACACCCUGGAGCUGUUCCGCCUGUCCCGCGCCCUGGCUGACAUCGUCAUACCACAGGAGUACGGUCUGAGUAAAGCAGAGAAGCUGGACAUAGCGCAGGCCUUCUGUGUCCCCCUGAUGAAGAAGAUCCAGCUGGACCUACAGAGGACCCACGAGGACGAGGCUGUGAACAAGCUGCACCCACUGUAUUCCCGGGGAGUGAUGUCCCCUGGCCGCCACGUCAGGACACGCCUGUACUUCACCAGCGAGAGCCACGUGCACUCCCUGCUCAGUGUGUUCCGCUACGGGGGGCUGCUGGAUGAGGUGAAGGACCAGCAGUGGAAGCAGGCUAUGGACUACCUGAGUGCUGUGUCUGAACUCAACUACAUGACUCAGAUAGUAAUAAUGCUGUAUGAGGACAAUAACAAGGACCCCUCGUCAGAGGAGCGGUUCCACGUUGAGCUGCACUUCAGCCCGGGGGUGAAGGGGUGCGAGGAGGAGGAGAACGUUCCUAUGGGCUUUGGCUUCAGGCCUGCUUCCUCUGAGAACGAAGAGAAGCAGACCAACCAGGGCAGCCUGGAGGACCUGUCCCAGGACCAGACCGACCAGGCCCUGCCUCUCACCGAGCCCAUCUGCAGCCAGAAGCGCUCCCCCAUGGUCCGCAGCCGCAAGACGGGCUCCAUGGAGGUACUCUCCGAGUCGUCCCCCACCCACCCCUCAAAAGGCUCCUCUUUCCCCUCCCACCGGCUCUUCCCCUCCGUCUCCCGCAACUCCCCCGAGAUCCACCCCCCCUCCGGACUAGGCUCUCUCUGCUCUGGCCUCUUCAGUGCCUCUGUCCUCGGGGUGUCCUCUAGCGCCCCCAACCUGCGGGACUACGUCCGCACCCACCGCCUCCACCUCCACCACAGCCAACGCAAACCGCCGCUCUCCCCCGGCAGCCUGCCAUGCCAGAUUGCAAUGUUCGAGCUGUUCUCUAUGCCGGCAGUAAAGAGGUUUUCUGUGUCGUUUGCCAGGCAUCCGACUAAUGGGUUUGAGGGCUGCUCCAUGGUGCCCUCCAUCUACCCGCUGGAGACGCUGCACAACUCGCUGUCCCUCAAGCAGGUGGACGAGUUCCUGAACACGGUGUGUGAGAGCAGCAGCGAGGCCCACAUCAAGACCAUGAAGGCUCUCUCUACCCUGUUUGACUCCCAGAGUCAGACGUCUCUGUACAGCCCCCAGCAGCCCCUCUCCUCCUCUGGCUCUGAGACCUCCCUCAGACCCCCCAGCCGGCCUCUGUGGCAUGGUAGCAUCCCCUCCAGUGCAGUGUCCAGUGCGGGGCCCUCUUCACCGACCACAGAGAGCUCGGGGGUGAACUUCAGCUUCAGUGAGUAGACCCUCCUCUUCCUCCUCCUGCUGCUGCUGCUGCUGCAGUACCCGGACUCAGACCGGACUGGUCUGGAAAGAAGUUGGACAUUUACAAGGCAUUCACAAAGCAGAACCCGAACCAAGCCAAUCCCUGCCAUUCGUUCACAGCCAGUGUUGUCGGGUGAAACCAGAGAGUUGUGAUUUAAUAAAAAAAUAUUUUAGCAAAUUGUUGAACCCACCAACCCCAUUAAGAUUCUCAGACAUGCCUUGUUGUCACAUUGUUAAUGAUGGUUUCGCACAGUGCAACUUUUCACAAAUCAAAUACUAAUGUUGUUUUGUUAUCAAGUGUUUAUUAAGGGUAAAGUUGAACACGUUAUGUUUUAUUCACAAUACUUGACCUGGUUCAUCCACUGCAAUAAAGUGGUUGAUGAUGGAGUCAAUGUUUAACUGGACUUACAGUGAUAUGACUUAUGUAAUUUCCGUCUUGAUCUUCUCUGACUUUAUGAGCUGUCCAUCCACUGUAAAUACAGGUUUUAAACACAAGGUCAGCUUAAACUCUGGAUACUGUGUGGAUUCCGCCGUUGCACUUUCUACUGUGGACAUCCAACCACACUGAUGUACGUGAUUGUUAAGAAAGAGUGGGGUGUAUCGAUGGGUAUAAUGGGACAACCCUUCCAUUGUAGAUUGAAUGUAUGCUAAAUAGCCACCUAUCGUUCACAUAUCAUUUUGUGUCUGCAAUCUGCUGUCAUAACCAAAGUAUUAAUGUAUUUUUAAAAGUGCAAUUACUCUAAAUGGCUGCUGCCUCUGAUUUAGGGACGAAUUUAAUCAGAUGCGUCAACUAUAUCUUCAUACGUCAAAUUAUGGUAAGAAAAGUAAUGCUUGUAUUGAUGUCACCACAGACAAAAACAUCACAUUGUUUUUUAGGUAUUCUUUCCCCGCAGCAAACCCACAACAUAUUAGUAGUAGUCCUCCAGCUGCUACUUCAUCAUUCAAAACCUUUUGCUGAGAGUACCCAAGUUCUUUCAACAGGAUUAAACCCACCGAUAACCAUGGACAACCUUGUAUUUUUCUGUUUUCAUUGUCGCCGGCGAAACCUUCGAUUUGUAUAUUGUAUGUUGAUUUCAUGUGCUGAAAUGACCUUGUGUAUGUAAUUUUUUGUUGCGUAAUUUAUAUUCUUAUUUAAGAAGUUGUGUGUAUAGAUGGUGGAUCUGGGUUUGAUAAAAUGGCUAAACUGGCAA